AUGAGUAAGACUUUGGAGGCAAUGAAAUCAAAUUUCAAUUCAAUAAGAACAGGAGGAUCAAGCCCAGCACUACUAGAUCGAAUUGAGGUUGAGUUCUAUGGAAGCCCUGUCAACCUCAAGAGUCUUCCACAAGUUAGUGUGACAGAAGGAAAUUCUCUUUUGAUUCAGCCAUUUGAUAAGUCCAGUGUAAAGCCUAUUGAAAAAGCCAUUAGCAAAUCUAAUCUGGGUUUAACUCCAAGCAGUGAUGGAAAUAUAAUUCGAUUAAAUAUUCCACAGCUGACAGCUGAAAGAAGAAAGGAUGUUGCUGUGAAGAUCCUCAUAGAUCAAGAUUUGUAUGAAGAGCGACUUAAGGAGUUCCUGAGAGAGGUUGCAAUCAUGAUACGUUUGCGACAUCCCAAUGUUGUCCUUUUCAUGGGCGUUGUAACAAAGCGUCCCAACUUGUCAAUUGUGACUGAAUAUUUACCAAGGGGAAGCUUGUAUCGUCUUAUUCAUAGAGCAGGACAAAGGGAGUUACUGGAUGAAAGGCGACGAUUGUGA